AAACGUAGCACCCUUGCUUUCCAGACUCUUGUAGAAGAAAGGUUGCAUCUUUAAACAAGCUGCAAAAUUCAGGAGGCAAAGGGGAUUCAAAUUUUCACCUCCUCGCCCCAUUUGGUGUGAGAGUUCCAAGAUGCAGAUUCAGAUAUCUCAAAACUCUUAUUAAGGACUGAAGAACCAUCUUUAAGAUCUGAAAAUUGAUCUGAAUACUGACCAUGUCUAUUAUGGAUCACAGCCCCACCACUGGAGUGGUGACUGUAAUAGUCAUUCUGAUUGCUAUAGCUGCUCUUGGUGCCUUGAUAUUGGGCUGCUGGUGUUACCUGCGUCUGCAACGGAUCAGCCAGUCUGAAGACGAAGAGAGCAUUGUGGGAGAAGGAGAAACCAAAGAGCCUUUCCUUUUGGUGCAGUAUUCUGCUAAAGGACCAUGUGUAGAGAGAAAAGCAAAGUUGACGCCUAAUGGCGCAGAAGUUCAUAGCUAACUUCUGGAAGCACAGAUGAGUAUUUGGACUACAUUUGUCUAAAUAGCAGAACUGAUACUGUGAAGGAAUGACAUACAUUCUGCUCUCUGAAAACAUCUUGAGAUAAAACUUAAGUUAUGAUUUUGUUGGUUUGCCCACUGCAUGCACUGAGAAACUACACUAUCCACCAAUUCUGUAUUGUAACUCCUUAGUACUAAGAGGUGACUUCUCUGGUAUAAAGUCCAUUGCUGGCAAUGGACACAAAGGGAUAUGCUGGCAUGAAAAGACUAAUAGCAUUUUUGUUACUUGAAUGUUUAGCUGAGCCUAUUUUGAUGGAACUACUACUGUAAUGUGAACUACCUAACUGUGAACUGUAAAUAGGCUGCCAGGAGUUCUCUUUUUGUUAUCCAGCAUAUGGAAGUGGUAUGAAGUUAUUCUUAGUAACACACAUUGCAACUUCUGAGUCACAUGAUGAUGGAUGGGAUGCCAGACCUUCAAAACCAAACCUGCAGCUAGAACAUCAUAGCAGAAACAAGCUUUGAGUGCACAACAAUAGACAAUGGUGGUUUUUGUUUGUUUGUUUUUUAAAUCAGUGUUCUUAAAUGCAGGUGUAUAAUAUAAUCUCAGUAAGAUGACCGAGGCAGAAAGGAUAGGGGUUAUAAGGAAGGAACAGUACCUCUCUUCCUUUAGGGUGUAGAUAUGCUGUGAGCAGCAAAUACUGUGAUUGCCCUAGCCAUGUAGCUAACUGCAAGGAAACUGCCAUUUUAACAGCUUCCAGUCCGGAAACUAAUGAUGGCUACUUCAUGUGUGGUCCAGAAGGUUUCCAAUGGAAUUAAAAAUAGCAGUAGAGCAGAUCUUUCCCUCCUGUUAGUAAGCAUGUGGUGUUUUCACUAGAACUGGCAUUAAUGUAACUCUUCCUCUUUAUUUCCCCAUAACCACUGUUUUACAUGUGUACCUAUCAGCUAGGGCAUAUGUAAACAUGAAACUAAAUAGCCAACUGUACAAACUUUUUAGUCUAGAUACCAGCUUGUCUACAGUAAUGUAUUUUGUAGAUAGGGUUUUUUCUCCAUUUCUUAACUUACAGGGCAGGCUGAAAUCUGUCUUGUAACAGCUAACUACAUUUUGGGGAAGGGGUAGAGGGAGAUGAAAAGUUCAUUUGGGGCUGGGGGAGGGUUUUUAAACAACAUUUAGUGCAAACUAAAGUACCUUCACAUCAAGGGCCCCUCCUUUUUCAGCCUUUCCCUUGUCUUUACUACAGAAAACCCUGUAACAGGUACUUUCAGUGGAAAAAUGACAGACUGUAAACAAUACCACUGGUUCUGAACAAUCAUUUAGCUGUGGUUAAAAUGUUCUAGAUUUCCUAUUUUUAGGGCUGCAUAUUUCCCUAACUACCAGCAUUUGCCAGAUCCAGUUCACACGGAGCUAAGAAAUCCCUUUAACUUAAACUAAACUCUCCUGCAAACAGAGGGAGGGUGGAUGGGGGUGUCUAAAUAAAUGGUAAGGGGUUCUCAGGUUGACAGUUGAUUCCUUAGGGCAGCGGUUCUCAAACUUUUUGGGCACUGGAGCCCUUUACAUGUGUAAAUAUUUAUGCAGAGCCCUAGCGUUCCACUGAUUGUAUGUGUUGUAUCUAUAGAUGUUUCCAGUUUGUCAACCUUGUGGAGCCCCUGGAGAAAA